CUCUCUCUCAAUUUACUCUCUCAUCAACAUCAAUUACUUUAUUAUUAUGAUCAUCACUCUUCUUGCUGGUCUCUCAUAACCACUUUUAAUUAAAACUUUCUAUGUGUUUACAUUUGUGUAACUGUUUUCAUUUUAUCAAUAAUUCACUAAUUAAAUCAAUAAUUUUCACGUUAAAAUAACAAUAACUAUGACCCGAAUCGCAGGUAAUUAUCCGAGUCGAUCUCAGAAUGGAAAAAUUGAACUUCGAAUUUUAAAUCAACCCGAAGAACAGCACAGAGCUCGAUAUUUAACUGAAGGAAGUCGAGGUUCAAUUAAAGACGGUACUGGUUUAGGUCAUCCAGUGGUCAAGCUAUUUGGUUUUAAUGGAUGUACAGUUAAACUUCAGUGUUUCAUUGGUCAUGAUAAACAUAUCGGUGUACCCCACCUCUUUUAUCAGGCAUCAAGAAUAACCGGAAAAAAUUCAACUCGAUGUUCAUUUCAAAAGGUUGAAGGAACCGCGGUCAUCACACUGGACCUUGUGCCCGAAAAUAAUAUGCAAACAACAAUUGAUUGUAUUGGCAUCUUAAAGGAGCGCAAUGUCGACGUUGAACAAAAGGUACUUCGAUUGAAAAGUUCUAAUGGUAUUUACAAUAAUAACGGUGAAACUGUGAGUUUUCCAAGUAAAAAACGUUGUGCCAAAUGUCGUCUUGUGUUUCGAUGUAAAAUACCGGGUACCAAUGAGAUUUUACAAGCUGUAAGUACACCGAUACUCUGUACUCAGCCUGUUGGAACACCGGAAAUUUGUAAAAUCUCAUUGUCCGAGUGUAAAAUGACCGGAGGUAAAGAGCUAUACAUUAUUGGGAAAAAUUUUCUCAAAGAUUCCAAAGUAAUCUUUAAAUCAGACAAUUGGGGAAAAAUAAUUGAACCUGACAAAGAGUAUCUUCACUCAUCUCAUCUAAUCUGUACAAUCCCUCCUUAUGAUGGACCAAAUGCUUCACUACCUGGGUACUUUACGAUCUCAAUUAGCGUACGAAGUGGAGGUAAAUACUCCGAUUCUCAUGUAUUCAAUUAUGUAAAUGAUUCAAAAGUUAAUUCACUGCUUCAGAGAUCAUUGCCACUCAACCACAGUAACGACAAUAUGAUUAACCAGCAUCAUCAACAAACGCAAUUACAACAGCACCAUCAACAGCAGCAAUCAUUAUCGAUAUCGGCACAACCACCACAACAACAACAACAACAACAACAACAACAACCGCAGCAGCAGCAGCAACAACAACAACAGUAUGGAAAUCAAAAUAAUAUCAAUGAUAAUGGUAUUGGUCAGUAUACAACGGACAUGAUGAUGUUACCAAGUAAACAUGAGGCAGGUUUCCUAUCACAUAGUGGGGGUCAACUUGGGUCAAUGAUUGAUAAUAUUAAACAAGAAUCAAUAAUCACUACCCCUGGUAUUGAUACUACGGUGGGAAUAACGGUCACACCGAUGGGUCAAGUGGGAAAAACACUUUUGGGUGUUCCAACUGGACUUUCCUCGAUGGACAUAAGUGGUCAUUAUUAUUCGGAGGACACUUUCCUCUCAUCGGAUAGUUCAGCUAUUUCUGAGACCAUAUUAGGAUCAUCAGAAGAUUCAUCUUUCUCUUUUCUAUUUCCGCCAUUUUGAUUCUUACUUCCUGUUUAUCAAUUCUUGAACUUUUCUCUCUCUCUCUCUUCUACCUUAACAAACAAAAUAUCAAUUAUUUUUUAUUCAUCUUAAGAUAUAUAUAGUUAUAUAUAUAUAUUAUUUAGUUAAUCUUGAUAAUAAUAACAAAAGUCUUAAAUAAAAUUAAGAUUGAACAAUUUAAUGUAAUCUGUAUAUUAAACAUCCCAAAGUCUUAAAUCAAUUGAAACAAUUGUUGUUUCAAUUAUGAUGAGAUGAUGAUCAAUUAUUUUUACCGAUUUGGGAUCAGAAUCAAUAA